AUGCCUAAAUCUUACGAAGAAGAAGAGGGUCAAAUUGAAAAGGCCUUAGAAGCUUAUAGUUCUGGUAGAAAUCGGAAUCUAUCUGCAUUGGCGCGCGAUUAUGGCGUAUCCUACUCGCGCCUACGGCGCAGAGCUAAUGGGAUCUCUUCGAAACUUGGCAACAAGAACCGCCCACGACUGCUUACUGAGGCCCAAGAAGCUGCAAUUGUAAGGGUAAUCGAUAGCUUACGCCGGUACAAUAUCAAAUUGAACGGUAGAGAUAUCGAGGACUAUGCAAAUCUACUACUUUGGCGCCAGUACGAAAGGGACCAUCCCGAGGCUACCUUACCAAAGACCACUGCAGUCCUUCCACGAUUGGCUAAGGCCAAAAACCGUCCCCCUGGUCUAAAACUAGUUAAUCACCAAUGGGCCUAUUCGUUUAUUAAGCGAGUAGAUCCUAAUUUGGUACCGGUCGCUGAUGAGCAGAUCUCAUCGGAACGUGCGCGUAUUACUGCUGCCGAAAUGCAACAUUGGUUUGACGGACUCGAACCAGUGAUUCGGCAGGUAAAGCACUAUAAUAUAUUCAAUUUCGAUGAGACUGGCUUUAUAUUAGGCCAACAAGCCUCUCGAUCUCACUCAAUUGGGCGUAAAGGGGCUAGACAGGCACGAUCAGAGAAGGCGGAUACUCGAGAGAUGCUUACUUCAAUUGAGUGUAUAUCGGCUGACGGUCGAGUAAUACCACCCUUCUUUAUCUUUGAAGGCUCUGUGGUUCUCGAGAGAUGGUUUGAUGAGCCAUUGCCUAACGAUUGGGUAAUCUCCGUGUCCCCUACUGGCUAUGUGAACUCGGAAUUGGCAUUCGAAUGGCUUCAACACUUUGAUGAACACACUAUAAAUCGCGUUGAAAAGGAUGAGCCACGCUUACUACUAUUUGAUGGGCAUACUGCGCACUUAACAGCCGAAUUCUUCGAGUACUGCGCACAGGCCCGAAUCCUUCCGUUCUGCUUCAUUUCUCACGCCACACAUCUCUUACAACCUCUUGACGGCGAUGCAUUUCUUACGUAUAAGACCUACUUCCGCAACUGGAACCCGGUCUUCUUACGGGGGAUACGUGAGAUUCGCGAUGAGACCUUCACACCUCAUAUCAUUCGCGGAAGCUUUAGAAAGCGAUGGAUCUAUCCAUUUAACCCAGAAUUAAUAGUUAAACCCCUUACCGACCGGGAGGAAGACGAAUUUAUACCGCUCCAAGGCUUUGACCAGGUUGAUGGGGACGAUGCGCAUGGUAUUAAUCGUACCCGUGAGCGUACCCGCUCAUCCCAAUCACCUACACUCUCUUCAAGUUCAAUUGAGUUACCAAACACCCCUCGGAGUGUAAAGAAGAGCUUUACCAAGCUACAAAGAGUAAUUAAGAGUCCUUUGGGUGCCGAAAGUGAGAGAAAAGAGAAGGUUAUCCGGCGAAUUGAGCGCCUCGAACGCUUUACUAUCACCGAAUUCGAAGAGAGUAUUAUCAAAGACUCGGUGAUUUCGAAGUAUAAAAGUGUACAAACCGAAUUCACAAGCACCAACAAGUCGAGGCGUCAGAUUACUAAGGUUAAGGUCCUUACACCGCGCGAUGCAAAUAGAAGGAUGGUUGAACGGUCGGAAAAAGAGAACCAGGCGUGGGUACGGCGGGUACGUAGGGAAAAUGCUCGGAAGGCCGAAAUUGAUAGGAAAAUCGCUGAGGCAGAGGCUAAAGCGGCAUUUGACGGAAGUAUCGAUAGUAUGUUCGAGCCCUUUGGUAUUUUCAGGGUGGAUACUGAAGGGGACAGCUCGUUGAUGGUGUAA